AUAAACUAAAACCAUAAGUUUCGAUCAAUAUGUAUGUAACUCGAUCUCUUUCUCACUAUAAGAGAUUUCCUGAAGCUCUUCAUUUGCCUCCCGAGGGUCCAAACUCGGGCUACUUGGUAAUCCAAGACGAAGAGUCUGAAACGUACUCAUUCUUUGGGUUGCACAAGAAUAAGUAUCUUAAAGAGUUGCCGUUUCCUCAAAACAAAAGAUUGACCACACGUUAUUCAUCAGGGGUGGGUGAAAAUGCAAGUGCUUCUUUUGAUGAAGUUGUUUUUAUUCCAGUUCUUAAUCAACCCUUAUCUUCAAAUCGUUACUAUGCCAUAAAACCAAAAGGUUCACAUAAAGGGGAAGCGUUUGCAUGUUCAAAGGAGGAAGACAUGGCGCCUUGUUGUUGUGGUGGUUCUCUCAAUGAUGUAAAACCAAGGCCAUUGAAUCCAAAUGAUGUAUACCAACAGUUUGAGAUCAUUCCUUACAAAGCAUUUUUAAGCGGUGAUGGCAGAUUUUAUGCCAAAUCUCUAAUGGAAGAUGGUGAGCCUCCGUAUUUCUUAAAGAGAAAAGGUUGGGAGAUCUAUACUAAGACACCUAAAAACUACACGUUACAUGAAGCAAAUGGAAUCAAUGAUGCCCUUCGUACACGCCUCCCUGAAUUUAGUUUCCUACCUUCAACCAAAACUUCGAAUUCAGUGGUUGUUGGCAAGUGGUAUUCUCCAUUCGUGUUCAUCAAAGAAGGAAGACAGAUCGACCAGGUGAAAACCUCUAUAUAUUAUGAAAUGACACUGGAACAAAGAUGGGAAAGAGUUCUUGAACAAGAAAACGAGGACAAUACCAAAGGAGAUGUUGUGUUUGUUGAUGCUGUAUUUAAUAGUGAAGCAGUUUUUGUUGGUGAGAGUUUGAGGGAGGCUAUAUGGGAUGAGAGAAAUGUGGUAAAUGGAGUUGUGUGGUUUUUCUGUCAAGGGGGUGAAAACGAGAAAGAAGAAAGUGUAGGGUUGAGAAAAGAAAUUGUUGAAAGAAUGAGGUGGGAAGAAGAAAAAGUUGGAUGGGUUGAUGGUGGAGAGAACAGGAUACAUAUGGUUACGAGAGAAGAGAAGUUUGAAGGAAGUGGUAGAUGGAAGAGAUUUGGUUGUUAUGUUUUGGUUGAAAGAUUUGUUCUUAAAAGAAUGGAUGGGAGUUUACUUUUGGCCUAUGAAUUUGGUCACAGCCAUCAAGUUAGAACCAUUUUCGAAUAAUUUAUAUGUUUAUUUUUUAUAUUUGUAUCAAAUGAUAGUAUAUUAGUAUCAUGUAUUUUUAGAUUCAUUGCUUAUAUGUCAAAUAGUUUCAGAAAUAUUGUUUUGUC